CCGCUCGUUAUCUUGCAUUGCUCAUCAGGAUUCACGACUCGGAAAGUUCCUUUCCUCUUUACGAUAACAUAAAUCACCUCGACCUCCCCCCUCCUCCUCCUCUCUAGACCUCACCCAACUGAGCAGCCAACAGUACAACGCAAGGAUGCACGAAUUAUCGAACUGGGGUCACGUGGUGCUAAUAUGGACACUUGUCCUGGUACUCUACAUUGUCCUCGGCCUGCGGACAUGGGCGCUGCGAAACACGAAUUAUAGCAUGUUCUCACCGCGCGGAAUCAGUACACUGUGUAUCGCCCUGACGGUAGCGUUAACAACCGCGGUUUGCGCGGUGGUUACAUGGAGCUUGGUCGGGCCGAUGCACGGCGUUCCCAAGCGUGUUCUCACCUCACUUUACAACCCCGACUUGCCAGAGUCCGGAGACAUCUUUUUUGGGCCGGAUCCUCGAGCCCCUUUGGAGACAGUUUUCAAGGUCAAUUUUGGCUCCAUGAUUCUCUUCUACGUCGUCCUCUGGCUUAUAAAAGUUUCUUUCGUCGUCAUCUACUUUGAAUUCUCCAAGGACCUAUCCCGCCAAACUCGCACGCUCCUGUAUAUCACGAUCGCAGCGGUUGCCGUGACCUUCGUGUUCGUGAUCUGCCUCUAUAGCCUCUGGUGCCUCCCCGUGUCCGCAAACUGGGCCUUCAACGACCUCGUCCAGUCGGGCACCUGCCGUGCGAGCCUGGCGCCGUCCGUCAUCAUCAGCGUCAUAAACGUCCUCGUCGAUAUCCUCAUCAUGGUGGCCGGCUUCUCCAUCGUGCGCUCCCUCAAUCUUGGUCGGAGCAACUUCCGCUCCGCAUCCCUCAUCAUCGCGGUUGGAAUCCUGACCGUCGUCGUCGCUUUCAUUAGAAUGAUUGUGCUGGUGGUACGCAUGAAGAAUCGGGAUAGGGCGUAUGACGGCAUCUACAAUGAUGCGGUGCACGACAAGGACACGAUGAACGUGUACGUCCCCAUUCAGGAGAGCGUCGUCGGGUACGCUGAGGUGGAGGCCAUUCUUGCCUGCAUCGCCGCUUGCCUGCCCGGCAUUCGCGUGCUCUUUCGCAAGCACAUUUCCAGGCGGUCCGAAUUGACUUUUAAGGAUUGUGGGAGCGCAGGUACUCUAACGCCUCCGGCUUCCCCCCCUACUGCGUGUCCUUCUCCGCCGACUUCGCAUUUGCCUUUCAUCCCCGCCACGCCUCCGCCAGUUUACCAGCAGAAGGUACGGGUUGAGGAGAUGGUUUAACUUCAUUCACUUUACCGCAAAUUUUCCUUUGUUUUCCAUGUCAUGUCAUCAUUAUAGCAUAGCGCAGCAUUACCGGUGGGAUCAUGUUUUUUUUUUCCUCUUUGCAUAUUUGGAGGGGUAGUUUUCCUGGGAGCAUUUUCACGGAUGGGUUUGGGUUUCGGUGCAUAUCAUGAUCUUACAUUUUUUAUCAUUUCUCCACUUUCUUUCAUGUAUCUUUUUAUUAUUAUUUAUAUAUCUUGUCAAUACUGGGUAGGGUUACAUUUGGGGGUACGGAACAUACAUUACUUAGAUAUCAUAUAAAAAGACACUCUUUAUUAAUCUUCCAUCAAA